AGACACUACAAAAUAAUAAUUUGGUCUUUGAUAUCAGUAAAUUUUAUUACAAACUUUACCAUGAAGUGUAAUUGUGAUAAAAAAAUAUCAUCAAAAAAUGAUGAAAAUGAUGGAAAUAUGUUCCAGAAUAGAAUUAUUUAUUCGUUGCCGGUACACAUAGGCAUGUGGGAUGAAGAAAUGGCAUUAAGGGAUGAGAAAAUGCGAAUAACUGCUUACAAAAGAGAUAAUUGUCAAUUAUUAAUUCAAAAAACAAAAAAGAUGUUUCGAAAUGUAUUAAAAGCGACAGUAUUGGCUAUUGAGUCGCCUUUUGUGUUAUAUGGACAAAAUUAUCAAUUGCGAGCUUGUGAUGUCAUUACCAAAGACUCAUCCGGUUUAUAUUUAUCAGGGGUAAUCAACGAGCGAGACAUAGAUUAUGUACAACACUUCAAACAUGGAUGCGGGUUAUCUGCUUCUCAUCAAAAACAGCCUUGCAUCCGAAAUACGUUUAAGAUCAUGGGAACAAAAUCAAAUAAAGAAGGUCAGCAAGUGGUUUACGGUCAAGAUGUCUUUAUUCAAAUUUGUGAGAGUUCUGGUCCACCUCUUUAUUUACAAUGUGAAAAUUUCACAGUGGAUACCUUUGGUCGACAUCUCUCAGUAAGAUUAUCGGAAUGUCCAGAUAUUUAUUGCAGGUUUAAAUUUUAUCACUGGAAUCCUCAACAGCGAAAUAAAACAGUUGGUACAACUUUUAAACCUGACACAAGGGUUAUAAUACAACAUACUGCAUCAGGAAGGAAUCUGUCUGUAGAACCUAAUCAAAUGAUGCCUACAUUUUAUGGGCCAGAAAUGCAGGUUAGCUGUCACACUUAUAGAGACUCACAUAAAAUGGAAACAGCUGAAAAUUUUUGGAGAAUCGUAACACGACCAAUAUCGGAUGCUGCUCUUUUGGUACGUGCAGCAAAGGGAGAAAAUAUUCCAAUGGAACUAUUUGAUUAAAAC